AUGGCACCCAAGCGCCCAUCUUCUCUAGAUGAGCCUCCGACUGCUUCUUAUUUGGAAGAAAAGGUAGCCUCGUCCGAAGAAGAAGUACACAAAGAAAAAGAGGAAGAAUCUAGAUCCAUAUUUGAAUCCGAGUCCAAGGAACCCGAGCCUCCAAAGGCAACACCCACUCAUGUUGCUGAGAAGAAACCACCACCAAAGAAACUGAACUCGACUACUGUCAAUUCAAAGCAGCAGUCUUCAUCCUCUGGCUCAUAGUCUGAGUCUGAAUCCGAUUCGGAAUAGGAUAAAGAUAUGGUGGUCAAGCCGAUAUCUUCGAAGCCAAUGGAAGAUAAGCUUAAGACCAAGAAGCCCAUAUCAAAGGCCUCGGCUACUACUACGCCGGCGGCAAGAGCCGGGUGGAAGCGGCCAAGCGAGAGCGACCCCAAGGAUUCCAAGAGGCCCAAAAAGAAGAUCCCAGACCCGGAUCAGGAGCCAGACUAUGCCGGAGAGGAAACGAAGAAGGCGGGUGGGGACGACUCGAAAAAGCUUUUCCAGAGGAUUUGGAGCAAUGAUGAUGAGAUAACAAUCUUGGAAGGCAUGAUUGAUUACUCUACUAAGAAAGGGGCGAACCCAUAUUAUGAUAUGGGUGCAUUUCGUGAUUUUAUCAAGAAAUCGUUGAAGGCCGAUGUGAACAAGACCCAAUUGCAAGAUAAGAUUCGUAGGUUGAAGAAGAAGUAUGAGAUGAAUGUGGCCAAAGGAAAGGAGUAUAAUCCUAUUAAGCCUCAUGAGCAAAAGGUCUUUGACUUGUAGAAGAAGGUAUGAAGCAGCGAUGAAAGGUCCAUUGGGGUCAGUGGGUUGUCUGAAUAGUCCAAGUCUAAUGGGAAGGCUAGGACAAAUCAGAAGGGUAACAACAAGACUUUGGCUUCACUUAAAGCUGAGCUUUUGAGUUCAUCGAAGCCCUCAAAGGAGUGUGAGAAGGUGGAAUUUGGUUAUGAAAGUUUGAGUGAGGUGAUUGGGUAUGAUAAGGGUUUCAGCGAGAUAGGGUUGCCGGAGGGUGUUAUGAAGCAGGGCUUGGAGUUGAUUGGAGGAGCCAGGCGAGCUGAGCUGAAGGAGAAGUGAAAGAAGCUGCAUGCUGCCGAAUUGGACCUUUUUGUGAAGAGGAGUGAGUUGAUAAGAGAUCAGGCUAAGGUGAUUUUGGAGACGUUAUACUAUAUGAGCAUUAAAACAUUGGAUUAA